CGUCACGUCCGGUGAGUGUAUUGUUUGCUUGUUGCGUUGCCGCCAGUCGCUCUUUUCCUAGUGCUCUUCAGUCGUUUUUAUUCCACGAUUUAACUUAAUACUUGGUUAAAUUUAGUCUCUGGUUGGCUCAGUACACACCCGGAGCCAACAAUAACAUCUGAUCCUAGCUAAAAAGUUUGUUCAAAGUUUGUUCAUAGAUUAAAAACAACUUUUCCUUUUAGCUCCGCUAGCCUUGCUUAACCGAGCUAUGGCUAGCCCUCUGCCUUCACCUUCUUCCCGUCUGUUCUGCUCAGUGUGCUGUAUGUAUAGUGAGCUCCCUGCCUCCUUUACUGAGGAUAGAAGCAGCUGUAGGAAGUGUAGUUUAGUGUCAGGGUUGGAGGCCAGGGUUUCUGAGUUAGAAGCACGGCUCUGCACUUUGGAGGCUAAGGCUAAACCUAGCUAUACCCAGGUAGCAGCAGGGACCGCAGGUCGUGCUUGUAGUAGCAGGAAUGUUAGCGUGGUUAGCCCCCCAGCGAGUCCCGUGCAGCCGGGAGAGACCAGGGACGGAUUUGUGACAGUACGGGGGAAGCGCAGUGCUAAACGCAAAAACUUAGUGCACCAACAGCUUCCCGUCUGUAAUAGGUUUGAUCCCCUCAGCGACACACCGGCUGAACCGGAUACACUCGUAAUUGGCAGCUCCAUAGUCAGAGACGUGAAGCUCCCAGCGGUGUCUGUCAGGUGUUACCCAGGGGCCAGAGUCGGUGACAUCGAAGGAAACCUUAGGCUUUUACAGCAGAGUAGGACUAGGUUUCGCCGGAUCGUUAUUCACGCAGGUGGUAACGACGCCCGGCGGAGACAAUCUGAGGUUCUUAAAUUGAAUGUAGCCUCGGUGUGUAAACUUGCUAGGUCGAUGGCUGACACCGUAGUAUUCUCUGGACCCCUGCCCAAUUUGGUCAAUGAUGAGAUGUACUCUAGGUUCUCAUCAUUUAACCGCUGGUUGUCUAGAUGGUGCCCAGAAAACGACAUUGUUUUUAUUGACAAUUGGCGUGCGUUCUGGGGAAAGCCCGGGCUCAUUCGCAGAGACGGCGUACAUCCCACUUGGGAGGGUGCCUGUCUUUUAGCUCACAAUCUGGCCGCUAGCCUUUGUCUUCCAAAGUGACACUUCAGAGUGGGGGCCCGGGAGCAGAGUUGUAGUGUAAAACACUUCUCUGUUAAUCACUCACUUCCUCCCGAGCUGUCACACAUCCAGUGUUUAGGAAAGAAGAUAGAGACUGUGUCUGUUCCUCGUGUAGUAGAGACUCAAAAACCUAACCCUAUAGAGACUUUAGGAGUGAGACCAAAUAAUUUAAUACAAAUAGUUCCGGAUUGCAGUCAAAUUAAAAGUCAAAUUAAAAGGACAUCUAAUAAACAUAUUAAAUGUGGAUUACUAAACAUUAGGUCUAUUUCAUCCAAAUCUCUGUUAUUAAAUGACUUAAUUGGUGACCAUAAAAUUGAUAUUUUGGCUCUGACAGAAACCUGGCUUCAGCAAAACGAAUAUGUGAGACUAAAUGAAUCCACGCCACCAAGUCAUGUGAACUUUCACACAGCUAGAAGCACUGGUCGAGGUGGAGGAGUGGCAGUAAUUUCACACUCUAGUUUAGGUCUGAACCCUAAAACUAAUCACACUUAUCAAUCCUUUGAAAGUUUAUUUCUGUCAAUUACUGAUCCCAAUUGGAAAAACAAAAAAACAGUUCUAUUUGUAGUGGUCUAUCGCCCUCCUGGUCCUUACUCACAGUUUUUAUCAGAAUUCUCUGACUUUUUAUCCACUGUAGUGUUAAACUGGGAUAGGAUUUUAAUAGUUGGGGACUUUAACAUUCAUGUUGAUAAUGACAAUGACUCUUUUAGUGGAGCUUUUAGUGGCCUAUUAGAUGGGAUUGGCUUUGUUCAAAAUGUAAAUAAACCAACUCACCGUCACAAGCACACCCUGGAUCUGAUCUUAACAUAUGGUAUUGAGAUUAGUGACCUUGUUGUCCUCCCCCAUAACCCCUUACUCUCAGACCACUUUUUAAUUACCUUUCAGUUUGUGCUUGAGGAUAAUUCUACACCUGUGAUUAAAGCUCAGAUGAAAAGGACGUUAUGUG